UGUCAAGUAACUGCCAAACCUGCAACCCCACUACCAGAUCAUGGAGGAACAGUACCGGAAAUCAUGGAGGGAGGGUGACAGCACCGAAGCAAAGAAAAACCAGAAGGAGAGAGCAGUUACCGGCCUGCCCAGCACACACACAGACUACCCAGAGCAUGUUUUUCAGCUUUCAGACUGCAUUUUCCAGAUUUCAACAAUAGUUUCCAGAUUUUUCAGAUUUCCCAGAUUUUUCAGAUUAGUUCAUAGCCUUAGCCUAGAAGCGUCUAGAGCCAUGCCACCGAGAAAGAGCAGAGACAAAGAGGUUCAGCCAGCCCAGGCUGACCAUGCAGACGACAGUCCACUCCACUCUGAGGGCGAAAAUGAUCCCAUCACUUUUCUCCCAGUGUCACCUCUAGCAGAACGGUCCUAUGGGAAUCUAGUGUUUAAGGAGAAAGAAGCAGACCGUGGAGGUGACUUUGCUGAAUCAAGUAAUGUGUUUAGAGGUAUGACUGAACGUCUGGAUUUAGCAUUCAAAGAACAGAACCAGGCUAUGUGGAGACUUGUUGACAGUCAAGCAGAAUCCUCCAGACGUGAGGAAGAGUUAAUUAGACAAUGUAUAGAAGAGAUGAGACGGGUCUUUGAAAAAGGCACUAGGGUGAUGCAAGAAACUGGGGAAAAAAGUCGCAGAACACUGCAGGCUGUUUCAGAACAAGUGGUUGAACAAGUGCGACAACCUAGACUUGAGAUCCUUGCUCCAGUCGUUGAAAUGCCCAGACAGAUUCAGGAAGCCCCGAUCCCAGCACUCGGGGGGCAAGGGAAUCAGCCUCAUCCUAACAUUCAACAGCAGAAUUUCUUUAUGGGUGAAGGACAAAGACAGCAUGAACCAAUGGAGGCUGCUGCUCCUGUUGCAGACCAUGGCCAUCAACCUCAGCAUAAGUAUAUUCUGCCAACUAGGAAGGGAAAUGUGGGUCCUCAUGCUCAAUCUCAUCCAAGGGACUUUUUUCAGCCACAAGUUCCUCCAGCCCAGCCGGUACAGCGUGGUCUGCAGAAUCAACCAGUUCAAUUCUUCAAUAAGGACCAUGGGCCAGCCUUGAGGCCAUUGGAAAAGAUUGAUAAGGACAUCUUGAAAUUUCCAGACAAAGCGAAGGAAACCAUGGGAGGGGAUGCAGACCCUUUUCCAGCUGUGUUUGUCGGCGUGAAUGUUGCAGACCUCAGGAGUGUUGCCAGAAAUCGUAGUCUGCCUUAUGCUCAAAGGAACCUUGCUGCCGAAGACUUGAGGUGGGUCCUUGAGGCGCAGAGAUCCAGACAUAGCAGGAGCGUCAGAUCUCCAAGGAUGGUCAAACCGCCACUCAGGUCACCUUCCAAACGGUGGGAGAAAAUUAGUCAUCUUAAGUUUCCAGCCCAGAAUACCAGAACCGUGAGGCGCAGACUGCAACGCAAGAAGGCUGAAGAGUGGAAAAGGCAACAGCAACAGAUGGAGAUUGAGGGAAGUUCAUCUCGCAGACCGCGCCAACCUAUAAAAAGGAACAUGGUGUGGGUGAGAAAAGAGAAAAAGGAGGCUGUAACCCAGAUUCUACUAAAGGGGUAUGACCAGUCUCCAGCCUCUCCAAAGGUGGCAUCUUUCAUUGUGAAUCCAGACGGGAAGGAGGAGGAACCAAUCGUCUGUGAGUUCCCAGAACAGACAGAAGAAGAGGUAAUCGUUGUUCCAGCUCAGGAUGAUGAAGAAGAGGACAUGGCCGACAAAAUUGUGUUUGAAAAACCAGAAGAAAAGAUGGACAGACACAUUAGGCCACUUUAUAUCAAUGCUCACAUGGAUGGGACUCCAAUCAGCCGUGUCUUGGUGGAUAAUGGAGCUGCAGUCAAUGUCCUUCCAACUUGCAUGCCCUACAAAAUAGGCAAGUCUCUUGAUGAUUUAGUGCAUACUGAGGUUACAAUUAGUGAUUUUACAGGAGGGGUGAAUCAUUCAAGAGGUGUGCUGCCUGUUGAAUUAACAGUGGGAAAUAGGACACUGAUGUCUGCAUUUGUUGUGGUGGAUACUGUUGCUACUUAUAAUGCACUUUUGGGGCGUGACUGGAUUCAUUCAAGUUGGUGUGUCCCUUCUUCACUUCACCAGAAACUGAUUUUCUGGAAUGGUGGCAAGGCUGAGAUGGACUGGCGCUUUCCAAUUAUUCAGUACCUUAAGGAUCAAAGCAUUAAGGUAUCUAGGAAAACCAAAAUGCAAGCUCUCAAUUAUGUCUUGAUUGAGGAUGUACUUUAUAGGAGAGGCAAUGAUGAACUACUGCUGCGUUGUCUCGGUCCAGAUGAAAGUUUCCAGAUGCUGUCUGAUGUCCAUGAUGGGAUUUGUGGUGCACACCAGGCUAGAAUCAAGAUGCGUUGGUUAAUUCGCAGACAUGGCUUCUUCUGGUCGUCUGUCCUGAAAGACUGUAUUGCUUAUGCUAAGGGCUACAAAUCUUGUCAGAUCCAUGGGCCACUUCAAAGAGUUCCAGCCUCUGAACUUAAUUCUAUUGUGAAACCUUGGCCAUUUCGAGGCUGGGCUAUUGACUUAAUUGGUAAGGUGUAUCCCCCUUCAUCAAAAGGUCAUUCAUUUAUUAUAGUGGCAACGGAUUAUUUUACCAAAUGGGUGGAGGCUAAACCAGUGAAGAAGGUAGACCAAUCUAAUGUAAUCAAGUUCAUCAAAGAGGACAUUAUUCACAGAUUUGGUCUGCCAGAAACAAUUACAACCAACCAAGGCACAGUUUUUGUCAGCCAUCAGGUGGAGGCAUUUGCAAAGGAAAUGUUCCGUUUGUUAAAUUCUACUCCUCAUUAUGCACAAGCUAAUGGGCAGGCGGAAGCUUCUAACAAGGUGGUGAUUAAUUUGCUUGAAAAAAUGGUGGAUGACAAUCCCAGACGCUGGCAUGAAUUAUUGUCUGAAACGCUGUGGGCUUAUAGAACUUCACAAAGGAGUUCAACCAAAAUGACACCUUUUGCCUUGACAUAUGGCCAUGACGCAGUCUUGCCAAUGGAGCUAACAGCCAGGUCUUUAAGAGUGAUGAUUCAGAAUAAUCUCCAGUUUGGAGAAUAUGAUGAGGCCAUGAUGCUUGAGCUUGAGGACCUUGAAGAUUCACGUUUGACAGCUUUGGAUAGAUUGCAAGCCCAAAAACUCAAAGUUGCAAAGUCUUACAACAAGAGGGUAAAAGGUAAAAAUCUGGUAGUUGGUGACUUGGUCUGGAAAGCAAUUUUACCUUUUGGCAAGAAAGAUCACAGAUUUGGGAAAUGGUCUCCAAAUUGGGAAGGACCAUUCCGAAUUCAUGAAGUGUUGAGAGGGGGUGCUUAUUGGUUAGAGUCACUUGAUGGAGAGCUACAUCCCAGAAAAAUCAAUGGAAUUUAUCUCAAGCCUUAUUACCCUACAGUCUGGGAGGCAAGAGGCUUAGAGUCACAAGAAGCUGUCUGAACCAGGUUUAUACUUUUGUCUGUGCACAAAUAAGUUGAUUUGCUUUCAUGUGUUUAUUCCAAAAUGAGAGCAAGUUUGAUCGAGCGGCCAUGACUGGCUGUGGAUGGCUGGAUGCGCUCAAACAGAGUCAGCUGUGAAAAAGUUGGGAAUACCUGCUGCAUUCAUCUUGGGAUUUAGCAGACUUUGCACGUGGCCUUUGGAGUCUGAAAGAUUAGUUUUUAAACAUUUGGAAGCAACUUAGCCUUCAAAACAGGUCUGCCCUUUUGAUCCGGUUAGUUCUUCUUUCUUUUAUGGAUUUAGUUAUGUUAUUUGUUCAUGUAAAUAGGAUGAACAGUUUCUACCUUUGUUCUUUUGUUUCUGCAUAAUAUCUAGACAUGCAAUUUGUUUCAUUU